CAUCAUCGGUCUUAUUUUAAUACAAUAUUUAAAGUAAGGCUUAUGAUAAAAUAUAGUUUAUAGUAUUACUCAGAAAUCAAGUUUCUCAAAUGCAGCAAAUGUAGCAAGCACUAGGAAUUUGAGUAGAAAAUAAGCUCAUUUUGGUGCAUGCCUUUUUGCAGUUAUAAAAAGGAAGGAGUUGUGUGGAUUACUUGUGUUGGCUAAAAUGGAAGCAAGAGUAGCAACUCCUUCCUCAUCAUACUCUUACAGAAACAACACAAACAGCAACAGCAGUUUAAUUAACCAUCCUUCAGCUUCCAAGCCUCCAGUCCUUCAAAUUCGAUUCCCUCUACGCAGCCCCGAACAGCAUGUGCAUAUCAUUAACGACGAAACUGAUAAUUCAAAAACAACCAGACUUCCUCAAAACGACAUCAUUAAGAGUAGCAGAAGAAGCCGGAGGAAGAAUAAUAAGAAGAGCAGCUGCAGCAGCACCUCCUCGGAUGUUUUGCGGUUGAUGGAUAGCCUUGGCCUUCGGAUACCCCCUGAUAUCUAUGCUUCUCUCAUCCGAGAAUGCACUCUCGCUGCCGACUCCACGAGAGCUGCGGAGUUGCAUUACCAUAUCUCCCGGAGCGGCCUCAGAGCUCCCUUAUCUUUGCUCAACCGGCUUCUCCUUAUGUACGUGUCAUGCGGCCUUUUGGACACUGCCCGCCAGUUGUUUGACCGAAUGACCCUUAAGAAGAACUUCAUCUCUUGGGCCACCAUGAUCGUGGGUUAUGCCAACGAUGCCAACUACGACGAAGCCAUAAGUUUGUUUGUCAAAAUGCAAUACCAAUUCACCAUGUUGGAAUUUCCCACGUGGAUCAUAGUGUGUGUUCUCGAGGCAUGCGUUUGUACUAGGAAUAUGGGACUGGGAAAGCAGGUUCAUGGGUGCUUGCACAAGUUGGGUAUUGCAAAUCAUGAUUUGUUUCUCACCAGUUGCUUAAUCGAAUUUUAUGGGAAAUUGAAGUGCAGAGAAGGGGCUGACUUUGUUUUUAAUCAACUGUCGAUUCACAAUACCAUGACUUGGACGGCCAGAAUCAUUAGCAGCUGUAGGGAAGAGCAUUUCCGUGAUGUUUUCAGUUAUUUUAAGGAGAUGGGUAGGGCAGGAAUAAAGAAGAGCACCUUUACGUUUUCCAGCAUUCUGAGGGCAUGUGGUAGGAUUCAGGAUGAUGGAAUCUGCGGUCGGCAGGUCCAUGCCAAUGCCAUCAAGCUUGGGGUGGAUAGGGAUGCUUUUGUGCAGUGCGGGUUGGUUGACAUGUAUGGAAGAAGUGGGCUACUGAGGGAUGCAAAACUGGUGUUUGAGAUGGUUGAUGACAAGAGAAACGUUGCAUGUUGGAAUGCAAUGGUUGCCGGGUACAUGCGGAAUGGCUUCAAUAGUGAAGCCAUCAAGUUUCUGUAUCGGAUGAAAGCAGCUGGUGUAUUGCCCCCAGAAUCUUUGAUCAAUGAACUGAGGAUUGCAUGUGGGAAUGAAUGAUACAUCAUAUAGCAGAAAGAAAGAAAUGUAUGUAUUUCAACAGGAAACUCUCCUGUCUACCCAAAUCCAAUCCCAUCACUAAACGCCAUGGUU